AGCGCGCUCACACUCAGCGCAGCACGAGGCAGUUGUCAGUUAUCGAUAGCGCUCCUCACAGCGAGCUGGCGGAAUUUCUCACUGUUUUUUUGGACAAAACGGAUUAAAACUUUGUGGGGAAAAAGUUGAAAACGAUAAUUUAAGGAUGUAUAAGAUUUGUUCGGGUGGUAGAGUUAUGAUUUAGAGCUGUUUUUAAGAACAUGUAAUAAUUUUUGUUGUUUUUCUGAAGAAAAAAACACCAUUAGCUUUAAAAGUUAGCUUAAAUACAAAUGACUCGCGCGAGCUCGAGACUCGUUGCAUAGCAGCAAACCGUCCAUUUAAACAUCUUUCACUUUUUCUCAGUAAAUUCAGCAUAAAACUGCAUUUUUUAUCAUCAUGGACUUUUUGUUCCGAGUUUUAAACUUGUCUGCUGUUGUGAACAUCCUUCAGGUUAUUGGUGACAGUGUUGUGCCGUCCAAGCAUCCAGGCCUGGAUGUGCUGGCUACUGCCUCACACUACUGGCCACUGGAUGCGGUGGAUGGACUGCGCAGCCUGCGGGAUCAAAUUGGGAAUAGAACAGGUCAUGUUAAUGGAACUAAUAUAACACUAAGAAUCCACAACCACACUGUCCUGCCUUACCAUAACUCUUCCUCUGUGUACACCAAUGACUCUGCCUACACUAACAUUUCCGUCUCUGUAGAUAUCGUAGAGGGAGUGAUGAAUAAAGGCAUUUAUCUGAAUGGAGACAGAGGAGCCACUUUUCUCCACUUUGGCAACUACAAAAACUCCUGCAUCAGCGACCCCACGCUGUGCGGACCGCAGGGUGUGACAUUCUCGUUCUUCUGGAAGAAUCAGGAGACGCAGUCACGUUUUGCAUUCGCAUCAGGAGGAAAGAUCAUAUCUAAUGGCUUCUCUGUGUUCACUAACCCGAUGGGAGGAUACGUAGAGAUCUAUACAAGAGGAAACUCCAGACGCUGGAAAGCUAAAAUUAAGCCACCAGGUCCUUUCUGGACUCACAUUCUGUUCACAUGGACCAUGAAGGAUGGCUUGAAGGUCUACAUAAAUGGCACCUUCAACAGCAGUGAUGAGGUGGGAAGUGUGUCGGAAAACAACUACGACGACACCUACACUGACCUGGUGAUUGGAACCGGAAAUGUGCCGACAUAUGGACACAUUGUAACUGGAGCCUUUGAUGAGUUUGUCAUUUGGGAGAGAGCUCUUUCGCCCAGGGAGAUCUGUCUCUACUACAAAGCAGCUAGAGCUGAUGACACAGUUUUUCCACCAACUACUGAAACUCCAUCCUACGUCCGCACUACAACUGAUAGUAUUGGUCUGCAGGCAGUCACUUCACCUCAUCAUGCAGUGCUUUCUAACCUGAGUGAGGAUGUGCCUGGCGCUGAGGCGGCAGCGUCCAUGCCUGUUAUGGCUCUCCUCCAGUCUCUGCCCUUUAGCCUGCCCAACAAGACCAUUCCUCAGGACUCAGCUCACAAUCUCACACAGUCAUUGUUGAAGAGUGUAGAUGAGGUGAUGUCCUCCAGUAACUGGAAGGAAGAUGAGCAGUGGACUCCUGUGGUCAGUGGACUUAUAGACACUGUGGAUAAAGUCAUGGUGCACAUGGUGUCCAAACUCCAGUCUAAAUCAGACAUGCCUGUCACAAUUGGUGGAAAGAGUUAUGUAGCAGAUUACUCUCUGAUGAAGAUCCCUCAAAACUACAACCUGUCCAGCUACCGGUUUCCUAUGCAGGGCAAGAACUACAUCUCAGUACCAGGAGAGGCUUUUGCCAUGCAGACCCAGACCACCAUUGUGGGCCUCUUCUACCAUAAUAUGCACAACUACUACAAACAGAUCAGCCCCCUGCGAACCAGGAUCAACGAGGCUGUGGACUAUAAAGACUAUAAGAUCCAGGUGGCCAGUUACCUGAUCUCUCUAAAGGUGGAGCCCUUGCCUGCCCUGUCCUUCAACCUGUCCACAGAGCCGCUCAUCAGGAUUGUGCUAACACACCAGCUGAGCAAAGAGCAGCAGCUUCAGGCUUCCAAUCAAAGCAACAAAGUCUUCCUCUACUGUGGCUUCCUGGACUACAGCUCUAAGGAAGGUGUAUGGUCCAAUGAGGGGUGCAUGAGAACUGGAGGCAAUCUUUCGUACUCCAUCUGUGUGUGUAACCACCUGACCAACUUCGCCAUCCUCAUGCAGGUCGUUCCUGUGGAGCUCGCUAAAAGCCAUCAGAUAGCGCUCUCCACUAUUACCUAUGUGGGUUGCUCCAUCUCCAUCUUCUGCCUAGCCAUCACCCUGGUCACCUUUGCCGUGCUCUCGUCCGUGAGCACUAUCCGAAAUCAGCGCUACCAUAUCCAUGCUAACCUUUCCUUCGCCAUCCUGGUGGCCCAGAUCCUGCUACUCAUCAGCUUCCGCUUUGAGCCCGGCACGAUGCCCUGUAAGGUGAUGGCGGUGCUGCUGCACUUCUUCUUCCUGUGUGCGUUUGCCUGGAUGUUGGUGGAGGGGCUGCACCUCUACAGCAUGGUUGUCAAAGUGUUUGGCUCUGAGGGCAGCAAGCACUUCUACUAUUAUGGCAUCGGCUGGGGGUCUCCGCUGGUCAUAUGCGUGGUGUCCAUGACGUCAUCUCUGGGAAGUUAUGGGGAGGUUGGAAACUGCUGGCUGUCUCUCCAGAAUGGAGCAAUUUGGGCUUUCGUAGCACCUGCACUGUUUGUCAUAAUGGUGAACAUUGGUAUCCUUAUUGCUGUUACAAGAAUUAUCUCCAGAAUCAGCGCAGAGAACUAUAAAGUGCAUGGAGAUGCAAAUUCUGUCAAACUAACUGCUAAAGCAGUAGCAGUACUCUUGCCUAUCCUGGGCAUUUCGUGGAUCUUCGGGGUUCUGGCUGUGAACGACCACUCCCUGCUCUUCCAGUACAUGUUUGCCGCCUUCAAUUCUCUACAGGGCUUCUUCAUCUUCCUCUUCCACUGUCUGCUGAACUCUGAGGUGAGAGCAGCUUUCAAGCACAAGACCAAGGUGUGGUCUUUGACCAGCAGCUCCAUCCGCAACAUCAACGUCAAGCCUUUCAACUCAGACAUUAUGAAUGGCAACAAAGGGGGCGUGAGCCCGACGAAAAUGCACACGUGGGACAAAAGCACUAACUCGGCCAAUCGCAUCGACCUUUCAGCAGUCUAAGCAUCACAUAGUGGACGACGGACAGCUACUGAUCAAAGACCUUAAACGGACAGUGAAAGUCAAACCUCUGCUCAAUCACACCGGCUGUUUCAGCCACCGUUCUUUUUCCACAGUGACUCAAAGCUUUUUACGAAGUUCUCACAGGCCUGGGGAAAGAGCGAGCGAGCGAGGGAAAGGAAAGACUGCAGGCUUUCACAGCUGCUAGCAGACUUACGCUCGGCGCUCUGAUGUCACUCUCUCCGCCUUUGCUCUGUGAAGAUAAACAGAGUUUUAGACAGUAAUAAGUUGCAGAUGAAAACACAAGACUCAUUGUGUUGGAUGAAUGUGCUCUGUUCAGUGUUAUAAACUAUAAAACGUUCUUCUUGUAACUCUAGUAACUGCUGGAUUCCACUGCUGUCUGUUACUUGACACUAAACUGUGACACAAGAUGCUGAGGAAGGACGAGGAGUAUCCUGUUUCGCUGCCACACUCUCCUGGGACCUGCUACACUAUGUGGACAAAAGUGUUGGGACACCUGCUUAUUCAUUGUUGAUUCUUCUGAAAUCAAGGGUAUUAAAAAUACUUUAUCCUGCUUUUGUUGGAGAAACUGUCUCCACUGUCCAGGAAAGGAUUUAUACAACAUUAUGGAGAAUUGCUGUGAGGAUUUGAUCGCAUUCAGCAACAAGAUUGUUAGUGAGGUCAGGAUGUUGUUGGAUGAUCAACACUCUGACUAUCCUCAUACUCAACUCUCCAAGUCAUCCCAAAGGUAUUAGAUGGAGCACCAUCAUUCCAGAUUCCAGAAAAAAACAGCUUUACUGCUCCAAAGCUUAGUGCUGGGGGGUUUAUACCUCUCUAGCCCACACCUGCCAUUGGGCAAGGUGUCAAUAAAUGUUAUAUUUAUUUGCUCCAAAGAGGUCUAUUCUAUUGGCAGUACAUCUCUUCGGGAACUGCACAGACCAACUGUGCAUGCGUGUGCAUUUACACAUAUGUGUCAGCAUUGGGUGCAACGAAUACAUUUGAUCUUAUAGUGUAUUACACUAUGGACUUGAUGGAUUAACAACAUCUGGCCUGGCUUACACAUGAACCAUCUAUUUGUUUUCCUCUUAAAGGCACAUGAAUGUGAAGCUGGCAAGAUUGUAAGGGCUGCAACAACAGACAUUCCUAAAGAAGGACACGGUUUCAGUCUGUAGCAUUCUGCUGCACACACAUCCAGUGUGUGUCCUGGUAGUCAAUGACUUAAUUUUUCCUCAUUUCCUCUAUGAUGCUGUACUUUAACCAGUGUUGUUUUAAACGUGUCUUAGUGUUGGAAUUACAUGAUUUCCUUUAUCUGGUCCUGUUUUACAAAACUGACAUUAUAAUUUAUAUUGUUAUAUCUGUCCUAAAAAGACAAGCAUGUUUUGGGGUUGAAAGCUUAACAUUCAGACUAGGUCUGCACAAUAUUGGACAAAAAUGACUGCAAUGUUCAGUGAUACAAAAUUUAUCAGAUCACCAGAUUCGCCAGUUUUUCUACAACAAUCCAACAUAAUAUAAUUGGAGUAAAAUACAUGAUACUGAGCAUAUAUGCUGCCUGGAAAAAAAAAAGUCACCACCAAAAAAAAAAAAAGUCACACACUCGCUGUGACAUUAGUUUAUUAAGCUUCUGCAAUGUCACAAGAUUUAUUUCAAUCCAGUGUUGCAUUCAUUUUUCACCAAGAUCUUGCAGCAUUGAUGAUGGUAGAGUCUGACCGCUGCACAAAGCCUUCUCCAGCACAUCCCAAGGAUUCUCAAUGAAGUUAAGGUCUGGACUCUGUGGUGAACAAUCCAUGUAUGAAAAUGAUGAUAUCAUGCUCCCUGAAUCACUCUUUCACAAUUUCAGCUCCAUGAAUCCUGACAUUGUCAUCUUGGAUAAUUCCCGUGCCAUCAGGGAAGAAAAAAUCCAUUGAUGGAAUAACCUGGUCUAUAUUCAGUAUAUUCAGGUAGUCAGCUGACCUCAUUCUUUCACAUACUGUUGCUGAACCUAGACCUGACCAACUGCAGCAUCAACCCCAGAUUAUAGCACUGCCUCAUAGGCCUGUACAGUAAGGCUCUAGGCAUGAAGGGUGCAUUACUUUACCUGCCACUCUUCUUAGCCUGAUGCGCCUAUUACUCUGGAACAGGCUAAAUCUGGACUCAUUAAGCCACAUGACUUUCUUCCAUUGCUCCGGAGUUCAAUCUUUUUGGUCCCUAGCAAAUUGAAACCUUUUUUGCCAGUUAGUCUCACUGAUUAGUGGGUUUUUUUAAGGCUACACAGCUGUUUAGUCCCGAUCACGCGAGUUCCCUUCGCAUUGUACUUGUGGUAAUGCUCUUACUGUCACUAUUAAACAUAGCGCUGAGUUCUACUUAUGUUUUCCUUUGAUUUGAUUUCACCCCCCCUUUAAGUGAUUGCUGAUCACAAUCAUUCAAUCAUUUUCCCGAUGGGUCCCCACUUUCCUUCAAGUUUUUAAUGUGUUGGACAGUUCUGAACCCAAUUUUAGUCGCAUGCUUGAUGCAUGCCAGUAAUUUGACCCUUCUCAAACAGACUGACAUCAUUUCAUGACCACAGGAUAGGCUCGUGCCUAUUUACUUACAGGUGUUAAUACAGGAGGUGACUUUUUUUGGCCACGCAUUUUAUGUUCAAUAAGAUAUUUUCCUUUUGUAUAAAGAAAAAAACGUUUUAUUUGAUAUUUCACGUCUUCUACAAUAUGAAUAACUGAGCAUACAUACACAGCAAUGUCAAUGCUAAAACAAUAUAUUGUGCAGCCCUAAUUCAGACAUUAAGCCACAUACACAGUAUUUGUAGAUGCCUGCAUAAAACAUCUUUGCAUCUUUGUAUGGCACAAGUCUUGUUAGGCAGUUGUUUUUUAGAUAUGUCAACAUUUUGUGAUCUUUUUUGUGAAUCUUUUUUCACACAGACUUAAGAAGGCUUUUUCUUAGUUACUGUUACUGUUUUGAAGAUUAGAUUUUUACAUGACAGCAUCAUUAUGUGAUUAUCCUUAAUUAAAUGCUUAAACACAGUAAAACAAAAAGCAUAAGUGACACAGCAACUGCUGUUUGCUAAAGGUUCUAAUCAUUCUUUUAAAAACAUAGUGUGAGUGUUUGAUCUUACUGGUACUAUGCAAAAAUUAAGUAUCAUUAAGCAAGACCACAUACAGCUUUUCAGUGUUUGCCUAGACUCAUGCUAGACCUUGAUUCCACUAUGAAAAUAUCUUAUAUACAGCAAAUCAUCCCUUAUUUGCUAUUAAUCCAAUGUUUCAAAAAAACAAUGUAACGCUUACAAAAUUUUGAUCAUUCUAACAAGUAAAACUAACUAGUUCUAACUAAAAAGAUUUUGGGUUUUUAAUGAGUUCAUCAGGAUUCAUACUGGAUCUUAAAAUGUCUAGCUCUAAAUAAUAUGAUUUUAACUAGUUCUAUGUAACAGGUCUCUAAUUCUUACAAGCAGCUAACUGUUAAUAAUUAGUGACUAGCUCUAACUUAAUUCUAAGAAAUUUAGCACUAGCAGAUUUAGCACUAGCAGUACUUGUUCUACCUAUUACUAUUCUUCCUAUUAUUAGUUCUAACUAGUGUAAUUCUAGUUACAAGUUUAACUAGUUUUCUCUAUCAAUAUUUAACUUACAAUAAUCAAGAUUUGUACUAGCUAUACCUAAUCAAUUUAACUAGUUUUAACUAGUUCUAACUAUUAAGAUAAAUACCAGCACCAACUAACAAGUUUCUAACUAGUUAAAACAAGCCUCUAACAUGCGGAUUUCAUAAUGUUUCUAACUAGCUUUAACUAUUAACACACUAAAACCAGUUUUAACUAAGGUAUUUCCAAUCUUAAGACAAUUCAUGACUACAAACUAUCUAACUGUGAUUUUCUUUUUCUAUCUGCCAAUAUUCAAUCUAGCUCAGAUUCUAAUAAAAAUUGACAAGCAAAUUGGAAAUCUUCUGAAUGUUUCUGACAAGCAAAUCUUGUGAGCUCCAACUGAUUAUUGUUAGUGAGAUUCUAAGCAUCCAGGCCAGGUCGUGUAUAGUCCAGAUUAGUUCAUCACUGACAUAGUGGACAUUGAGUCCACUUUAAAACAUUUCAAUUGGUUCAGAGCAUGGAUUCAUGUCUGAAACUGCAGAGUAACACACAGCUUUAGCAUUUGUGCCAACCGUGACUUAAAAACUAGGGGAGUAUUAAAAUGGAGGUCAGGGUUUUCUCUUCUGUACUUAAAUAUAAUAUUCCACUAGUUGUCGUGUACCAUAGUUAUUUAAUGUGUUAAAUUAUGUAAUUGUGUUUUUGCUCUUUUUAUUCCUAAAUGGAACGUUCACUAUUUUAUUUUAGGAUGAUCUGUGGCCUUAUUUUCAGUGUAAGACUUUUUAGUCAUCAUAAAAACUGCUUUUCAUGUUCAUGUUUAUUCUGUGAUUAUAGAUCGAGAACAUGUGCUCAGUUUCUACUGGUUGCCACAAACACAGCUGGGUAUGAUUGACAUCAUAAGACAGAGAUAAUGAUGCCGGUGCUGCAAAGCCUUGGCUACAAACUGGUAGAUUUGUUUGAUAGUGGAUAUUAUACAGUAUAUCAUAUUUAUAGCAAGAAAAGAUGCCAUAAAAAGGCAUGAAUGUGAAGAUGCUGAUAUUGAAGUGGUGUAUGAAGUGUGAAGAUGAUCAGCGUGUUUGGAUUUUGCAGAUGUACAAACGCCUGAGCUUUUCAUAAGAGAUAAUGUGAGUCAAAUGCUUUCUGUGAAGUGUCUCUUUAUGUACCGCUAAUGCGGUGAUUGUUCCGUUACUCAAAAGUUCUCUUCUGUCUGUAGUUUAUUUUUGAUGAAAGUGUUUAAUUAUUCAGAGCAGAUCCACAAAAUAAAACUAUCUAUUAUAAUACUCUGAUAUAUGUA